AUGACCCCAGCCCUCUGCGCUACUGUGUGGCAUCAGCUCGCCACAGCGACGAGAUAUUUCAAUGAGGAAAUUGAGAGCCCAGAUCCCCGGAGCACAUGCAACAGUGGGGGAGACCAACUCCAAGUCGAAGACAGCAUUGUGGGAGGCAAGACCCAUGGAGACGCAAAUGGCCGAGAGAUCGCCUCUGCCAGCUCGCCUGCUUAUUGCGGAGAUACCUGCCAUGAAGACGUAGCGUUUCACAUGGACAGAGCACAGCAUAAUGAAGAUGAAAUCACUGACGAGAGACUGAAACCUGAAAUACAGCUCGAGAUUCGUGCAUCGUUCCGGUGCAAAUUCCCACCAAGGCUCCACCACGAUCACCGCAUUGAUUGUUGUGCAGUUGUGGUGCCAACGUAG